AUGAGUUCCGACGACGAAGUGGUUAGCUACUACAAAUACGAUCCCAGCCAUGUGCUGCCUGCGGUCUUUGCAGGUGUCGUAUUCGUUAGCUUGGUCGCGCACAUUUGGCAAAACUUUCGUUAUCACUUUUGGAGAGUGACCUUCUGGGCAUUUUGGGGCGGCCUAAUUUUUACAAUCGGCUGGAUCCUGCGAUGCAUCAGCAGCUACCAUCCCGCAAAUAAGAAUCUGUUCAUCGCCCAAUCUAUAUUCAUCUACCUUGCUCCUCCCGUCUACUCCGCCGCCGCAUAUAAUAUCGUCGGUCGACUUAUGAACUACCUUCCCAUGCACGCCGUGUUCCAUCCCAAUCGCGUUCUCAUGGUUUUCGUGUAUGCCGGUGCUGCAGUUGAAGGUAUCACUGUGGCAGGCGCGGCCAAGAAUGCAGCAGCUGGUGAUGAUCUGGAGCAAUACAAGAGCGGUGGCGUUCUAAUUGCUGUUGGUCUCAUCCUUCAGGCCGUUGUUGAAGGCCUGGUGAUCACUGUUGUCGCAAUGGUCCAUAUUCGAGCUGCCAAGGCAGGGCCGGUCCCUCGAAACGUGAAAACUAUCUGCAUGACACUAUACGGGACUUCCACAUUCAUCUUACUUCGCUGCAUCUUCCGCGCUGUCGAGUCUUUCGAGAUGUUUGGCAAUCUCGGCUGCACCGAGAACUGUGGCCCGAUUCUUAGCAAUGAAUGGUAUCUGUUUGCCUUUGAGCUGGGACCUAUGUUAAUUUUCACUUUCUGGUUGAACUUGCUUCAUCCCGGUCGCUUUUUGCCCCGGAAUAAGACGCGUUAUCUCGACACUGAUGGUCGCACCGAGCGUAUGGGACCCGGGUGGAUCGAUCGCCGUGAUCCAUGGGAGACUUUCAUCGACCCUCUUGACUUCCAGGGCAAGCUGAAAGGGCAAGUUUCUCACGACCAGUACUGGUUGAGGCCUGACGAGUGGCCCAUCUGUGAUGACGGUAGCUUUGCCGACGGGACUGCAUCAAAUAUCAAGUCAAGACCGGCAACCUGGGAAAAAAUUCUUCGGCCCGGUGAAGUCUAG